CUCUCUCUCUCUCUCUGCUCUCCCUCCCUCCGCCCGCGGGAUCCGUGUUUUGCAUCGCUCCCCAAUUUGCAUUUUUUCCUCAGACUUUCCGUGCGGCGCUCCAGCCGUUCUUCUAGCUAGAAGGCGUACCACGGUGGCAAUAUCCAUGCGCCCCGCGUUUACAGAACAAUACUCACAGUAGAACCCACUGGAACAUGUGAAUAAUGUUGCCGAAGCUUUCCGAAAGUAGAAAUUGAGCGUUUUAAAAAAAAAAUCAAUUUGGAUCAAUCGCGUUUUGGUUGCGAGACACGUGCCUUCGAGGUAAACAGACAGCAGGACUGGGCAGCCAGAUAACGUUAGUACUCUUGGUUAACGUUACAUUGUUUUUCUCCUGUGUUACAAGCGUGUAUAAGCGGUUAUAACGCCACCAUAGUGGACGUAGACGUCGAGCGGAGGUUCAUUUUGUUUUAGUUUGUGCACCUUGGUUGAUAAUUGAGACGCAGUUGGACAUGUCGGAAGUACUACAAGACAAAAUGAGUCAUUAUGGAAAUGAGGAUGACGAGGGACACCUUUCCUUCACCUGUCGCCUCCAAGACACCAACAACUUCUUCAGCGGCUCGCAGGGGGGAAAACGCCCACCCAAACUUGGACAGAUAGGCAGAAGCAAACGAGUUGUUGAGGACGAGAACGGCGUUGACGAGGCGCUAAAAAACGGGACAGAGAAAACACAGACAGAGGCUUAAACACAUCACCCCCUGGAAGGACAUUGAUUCUCAUUUUCUAUUUGAUAUUUGCAGUUUUGAUCCAAAGACACUGUAUAUAAGCACUUUUAACCCAUGUGGCAACAAGCACUUCCAGUCCCAUCUCCUCUCUCUCCCAGUCCUCAUGAUGAUCUCCUGAGACUUAUACUGGCAGGAUGGGGAAGCAGCCGAGAUGGAGACAGAGGGAGUGAUGGACACAGAGGCGGAGACAGACAGAGUGAUGGAGACAGACAGAGAGUUGGAGACAGAGAGAGUGAUGGACACAGAGGCGGAGACAGAGGUGGAGAUAGAGAGAGUGAUCGAGACAGAGGUGGAGACACAGAGAGUGAUCGAGGCAGAGGUGGAGACAGAGGUGGAGACAGAGGUGGAGACACAGAGAGUGAUCGAGG